CGCUUUGAGUCUCUGAACAGAUUCGUCCCGUGCAUCCAGCAAGCGCGGGCGGACACUGCAGCGUUGGCGCAGCAAGCAGCGAGCGUUGCACUGCCCAUUGGUGACGGACAGUCACUCGUGCAGUUCAUUGCCGACGCCGAUGCCUGCUAUCAACACACCACACACAUGCGACAGGCACGACAGCAGGCCAUCGACCUGGUGACAUGGUGCUGUGAUGUGUUACGUGACAUGGAGAAUAGCUCAGCAGCCGAGAACACGUUUUAG